AUGGCUAAACUCAUCUCUGUCAUCAGUUGGUUUUCUACUUUUUGGCUGAUCAGUUGGAUAAUCGCAUAUCCCCAUCAUCGCUUCGCAACAAACAUUACCUGUCUUUUUUAUUAUUUUCUGCAUCAUCAAUUCUGGCUUUUACCUGCGAUCCUGGAAUCUCCGGAGAAGAUUUCUUCCAGUAAGAGGUUUUGCCGUGGGUGGUUCCCGAUGGAGAGUAAACUGUACCCGUCUUCAUGCCCUUUAUACCUUAUGAUUGUCGUCGUCGUCAUCUCGAUCGGUCCACACUGCGUCAUCGCCGACUUCCAAUGCAUCCGAUCACAGUGUUUUAAUGGUGCACCUACCUUCGAAAAUGCCUUACGACUCAAGAUGGACACGGUUGAAUCUGCGCUUCGUCAGUGCUUCCCAUCGUUUAGCUUCACGCCGGGCGUGAGCGACGCUCAAAUCGCCGACGCAAUUGGUCACCUCAGGAAAUGCAACCGGCAUGCAGCAACCAACCUGUCUAGAUUGGUACAGUCAUAUCACACGGACUUAGUCUCUGGCUGGCAGAGUUGCUGCAACACCCAAUUUUUAGGCAGAAGACGGCGACGACGAAGCCAGGUUGUUGACGGCGACGCUGAAAUUAUUUUGCAGGAGGGUCGUGAAAAGAGGAGAGCGAGCCUUUUCAGACGGCUUGCAGACCUGGUGGCGAAUCAGUCACGAAGAUUGCUUGAUGAUUGAACAAUAUACGGAUGGACUAGAACGAUUAAACCUUGUCGUAUUGUGAUUGUGAAUAUAUUUUUGAAAAGAGAGGCUAUACCAUAGAUACACUAUAUACAUUUUGUGUUGAUCUGUGAUUGUUUACAAAGUCAAUUUUCAGGUUUUUGUCGAUAUUUUUCCGUCAUUGGUUUCAACAUAAAACCUUGAUGCUAUAAUGUCAAUGAGAAAUAGUUCUACACGCUUUUCCUCGUGUCAGGCAGGCUGCCAUUUUGGUCACAAACAGCCACGAUAUCCAUCACUGAGCAUCUUUGUAUAUUUUGUUUCCUUGACAGUAAGACUUACCAUUGAGGCUUAAUACAUUACAGGCAAAGGUUUCUGCUCAGCGUAGCUUAAUAAUGAUGUCUAACUAAAAACAAGACAAUGCGUCAUUAUUGUGAUUUUGAUUACUGAUGCUUGGUUCAUAGAAGGGAUUUAACGUAUUGUUCAAGCCUCUCUCCUUCCCUACAAAAAGGGAAAUGAUGAUCAUGUGCAAUUCAGACUUGAUAACGAGUCAAAACUGUUCCAAAGUAUAAAGUCAGUGAAAACACUUUAGGAUAGAAAAUGACAAUUCUUCUCUCUAUUUAUCCACCCUGACACGUACGCUGCUCUUGCUCAUGAAAUGAUAUUCAAGAUAGUUUUCCAUACCAAUCACCAAAUCUCCUUGUUUUUUCCCCCUUCAUUUUAAUGACCAAAUUAUGAUAUGUGAAAAAUAUAUAUAUACAGCAAUGAACAAUUAUAUUCCUAAUGAAUGGAUGACAAAAUAUUCAAAUACAUCUUUGGUUCAUAUGAGAAUAGGUGAAACCUCCGUUUUAUAUCACAUACUAAUAGGAAAUCGGUCACGAA